AUGAGUGAACCAGAGGUCAAGAUCAAAGAGGAAAAUGAAAGGAUCCCAGCUGCUUUUGAACUCACAAAAUACGUUGAUGAUGAUGUAAAAGAUGAGCAAGCACCAAAGAACUUUGGGGGUCCUCUUCCAACUUUUAAAUGGUUAUGUGAAAACUUAUUUGACAAACUUGAUAAAACAAUUAACCAUACCAAUUAUUAUAGCGCUGGUGGUGCAACUGUUACGGAUCAAAAGCAAAGAAUUGUUGAACAUUUCUUUCGUGAAUGGAGAAGUACAGUGGGUCCAAAUAUAUAUCCUGCACUAUGUUUAAUAUUACCACAUAAAGAUAGAACAAGAAUCUACAACAUAAAAGAUCAAGUUUUAGGUAGAAGAAUCUUAGAAAUACUUAAAAUACCCAAGAAUUCAGAGACAACUUCCAAAAUCAUGAAUUGGAAAAGAUCUAGAAGUGCAAAAGCUGCUAGAAUGUCAGAUAUUUGUAUUGAAGUUAUUCAAGCAAGAAGAACUGAUAAAAAGGGUGGUGAAUUAUCAAUAGGUGAUGUUAAUGAUAUUCUUGAUGAAAUGUCAAAAGAUGAAUUCAAGAAAGAACAACAAAAUAAAAUGUUGAUUGAAUUGUUGGAUAAAAUGUGUUUCUUAGAGCUUCGUUACUUUUUUGAUAUUCUGUUAAAGAAAAAUGUGGUUAAAAAUAUGGAAAACAGAAUAUUAAAUACAUGGCAUCCUGAUGCUCAACAAUACUUAAGUGUUGUUACAAGCUUGAAAACUGUUGCUUAUAAACUUUAUGAUCCUAAUGAAAGGUUGAACAAGACAGAUUUAUCCAUAAAUCUUUCUAAACCAUUCGCUCCUCAAUUGGCACUGAAACCUAACUUAUCAUAUUCAAGAGUGGUUCAAAAACUUGAGAAUGAUUUCUUUAUAGAAGAGAAAAUGGAUGGUGAAAGAAUUCAAAUGCAUUAUGAUAAUUAUGGGAAAACUAUAAACUAUUGGAGUAGAAGAGCGACUGACUAUACAUAUUUAUAUGGUCAGGACCUAGAAAAUGGCUGUAUAUCGCCACAUUUGAAAUUUGUUGAUGCUGUUCAAAGUUGUGUCUUGGAUGGUGAAAUGAUAACAUAUGAUCCACAAAGAAAUGCCAUUUUACCAUUUGGUGUGUUGAAAGGUAGUGCAUUACAUGAAUUACAAAGGCUUGAAUCUGGUGAUGAAAACAAGUUAUAUGCCAGACCUUUAUUCAUGGUCUUUGAUCUUUUAUACCUCAAUGGUCGUUCUUUGGCUAACAAAGCAUUAGAAGAACGUAAGAAAUUUCUUAGGAAAAUUUUGAAUGAAUCACCACAAUUUGUUGAGAUUAUAGAAGCAAAAAGAGCAAGUACUGAAGAUGAUAUUAAACUAGCACUUACAAAUGCAGUGGAAAAAGGAUCUGAAGGUGUUGUACUAAAACAAAUCAAGUCACAUUAUCAAAUUGAUAAAAGAACUGAUCAAUGGGUUAAAAUAAAGCCUGAAUAUUUAGAAGAAUUUGGUGAAAAUGUUGAUUUAGUUGUUAUUGGAAGAGAAAAAAGUAAAAAAGAUAUGUUUUUCUGUGGGUUAAGAGUAAGUGAUGAUGAUUUAGAUGAUGAUCUAAAAUGUAAAUUUUGGAGUUUUUGUCGUGUUGCUAAUGGAUUUGAUAAAAAUGAAUAUAGAGAAAUUGAAAGGAUCACUCAAGGAAAAUGGAAAGAUAUAAACAAAGAAAAACCACCAGCUUCAUUAAUUGAAUUUGGUAAAAGAGUUCCUCCAGAAUGGAUUGAUCCUAAAGAUUCAUUUGUUAUUGAAGUCAAAGCAAGAUCUAUUGAUCGAUCAAUUUCUAAAAACUAUAAAACUUCAACAACACUAUAUAAUGCUUAUAAUCGUAAGAUUAGAGAUGAUAAAGAUUGGAGAACUGCAUCAACAUUGGAUGAUUAUAAACAUAUAAAAGAUUCAAGAACUUCUGUAAAAUCAACUGAACAAAAAUUAGUUUCAAAAAAGAAAAGACUUAUUAGGAAAAGACAUAGAGAAAGUCAAGAUGAAGAAAUUUGGAAUGAUGAUGAUUUCAAUAAAAUGAGUAAAUCAUCUGAAAUUUUUGAAGGAUUAACAUUCAUGGUUUUAUCUGAUGUUUUUUAUAAAAAUAAUAGAAUAACAUUAGAUGAAUUAUCAAGUAUUAUUCAUGUUAAUGGUGGUAAAGUUACUAAAAAUGAAACAACAAUUCAAGAUUGGAGUUCAUUAAGAAUCAUCAGUGAUAAAUUUACAAUACAGGCCAGUGCAUUGAAAAAAAAAGGAUUUGAUAUCUUAAAAUCUUCAUGGUUAUUUAAAUGUGUUGAAAUUAAACAAAACAUUCAAGUUGAACCAAAAUAUUGUUUUAAAGUUAAUGGAGAAUUAGAAUUAAAAUCAAAUAAAAGAGUUGACUCAUUUGGUGAUAGUUAUAAGAUACCAAUAACAGAAGAUGAAUUAAAGAAAUUAUUCUUAGAAUUGAAUGAGAAUGAUUUUAAUGAUGUUGAUAUUGAUGAACAAUUGAAUGAGGUAUUAUUGUUUAAUGAUCUAAAAAUCUACUUGGUGAACAUUGAAGAAUCAAAACAUCAAUUUAUUCAUACACAGUUAUUACUUAGAUUACAAUUAUUUGGUGCUGAACUAGUUGAAGAUUUAAAAGAUUCUCAAUUAAUAAUAUUCCCUAAUUAUCCUGAAUAUGAAUUAAUGAACUUAAAAGUUAAAGAAAUUAGACGUCAAUUAAGUGAAGGUUUAAAAUUUUCUGAUAAGUCUGUUACAACUAUAAGAUUGGUAAAUCAAGAUUGGGUUAAUGCAAGUAUAAAUCAAAAUAUUCAAGUUGAUGCUAAAGAUUUCCCAGUUAUAAGUGAAAGAUCAUGA